AAUCUCCACUGGCUUCAGCACGUGUUCUGAAUGGCUCCUUGCUCCUCCGUCGUCGCCGCACCAUCGCUCUCCGCCUCGGCGCCGUCCAGCCGGCGGCGCGCGAGUACGGUUGUAUGUCUCCAGGGUGUUCGCCGCAGCAGGGUCGCGUCCUGCCGCGUGCGGUGUAGCGCCGCCGGCGGGCAGGGCGGGGUCAAGGUCCCUGCGAAGCUGUCGGAGCUGUGGGCGGCGGCGAAGGGCGCGCCUCCUCUGGCCGUGCUCGCGGGUGUGGCGGCGGCGGUGGCCGUCUACAAGGUUGGGUCCAGUCUCUUUGCGCCGCGCCGUCCCGCGCCUCGUCGGCUGGAGACCCAGACGGCCCCUCCGCCUCCAGCCCCGGAGCCGGUGCAGGUGGGUGAGAUAACGGAGGAGGAGUUGCGGCAGUACGACGGGUCCGACCCCGAGAAGCCGCUUCUGAUGGCCAUCAAGGGGCAGAUCUAUGAUGUCUCACAGAGCAGGAUGUUCUAUGGACCUGGCGGAGCAUAUUCGUUAUUUGCUGGUAAAGAUGCCAGUAGGGCAUUGGCCAAGAUGUCCUUUGAACCACCGGAUCUGAAUGGUGAUAUAUCUGGCCUAACGCCAAUGGAGCUCGGUUCCUUGAAUGACUGGGAGUACAAGUUCACCAGCAAGUAUGUGAAGGUAGGAACCAUAAGAAGAACAGUGCCUGCUGAAGAGGUUUAUGGCAGCAUUUCACCUGAAAUAAGGGAAGAAGUUACUGUGCCUGUGGUUGAGGCUGAGCUUGAACCUGAGCCUGAGCCGCAUGAUGGCGAUGCACCAUGAAUAGGAAACACUCUAAGACAUCUCAGUUCUGAUAGGAAGAGUGAAGUGGAGAGUGGGGCACUGCUGAUAAUGUUCCAAAGGUAGUCAGAAUUUAGAAAUAACAGAAUGCCUCGUACCUGUUGCAUUGCAUGGUUGUAUGCAAGUAUAGUGUCUAAUUUACACCAAUAGUAGAUGUGUACACUGCAGUAGGAUUGAAUGGUUGUUUGCAAAAAUAGUGUCUAAUUUUUGCUCCUCCGCUCAUGCCUGUCUCUGAUGUAUAGUUUCUCCUACUCAAUGGACGAGAAGCGUCAGAAAAACUAUAGAUAGAUCUUGUGUUGCCUCGUGUUUCUUUAAUCUGUCAAGCUGUCACAUA